CAGAAAAAUAUAGGUCGUGACAGCCAGCAUGUCUGUUGGAAUAUCUCCGCGAUGGUGUUUAUUCUCUGUGAGACAUGUAGCAAAGCAGUUCCUGUCCAGAGGAGUCUGUACCACUAGCAGCAAGGCACAGAGUGUGGAGACCAGUACAGGAGCAGGGGAGGCAGCACACGAAGAGAAUGCUGGCCCAAAUCCCAAAACAGGUAUUUUGAUGUUGAACUUGGGUGGACCAGAAACUUUGGAAGAUGUCCAUGACUUUCUGUUGCGCCUUUUCUGUGAUAAGGACCUUAUUCCCCUGCCAGCUCAGAGCCGUUUAGCUAAAUUCAUUGCAAAACGUAGGACCCCAAAGAUAAUAGAGCAAUACAAAGAAAUAGGUGGAGGCUCACCAAUUAAGAAAUGGACAGAAAUUCAAGGCGAGGGAAUGGUCAAGAUACUGGACCAGAUAUCCCCUGAAACAGCCCCGCACAAAUAUUACAUUGGCUUUAGAUAUGCAAACCCACUGACAGAGGAUGCCAUUGAACAGAUGGAAAGUGAUGGAAUUCAGAGAGCAGUGGCUUUUACUCAGUAUCCACAGUACAGCUGUUCCACAACUGGCAGCAGCAUCAAUGCCAUCUAUAGACAUUAUGCCAAGAGGAGCCAAGCCAGUGAUAUUGUCUGGAGUACACUGGACAGGUGGCCUACACACCCAGGAUUGGUGGAGGCUUUUAAGCUGAACAUCCAGGCUGAAUUGGAGAAAUUUCCUGAGGAAGAUCAAGAUGAUGUUGUGAUAUUAUUUUCCGCACAUUCUCUUCCACUUACAGUUGUAAACAGAGGAGACCCCUAUCCUUAUGAGGUGGCAGCCACUGUAGACAGAGUGAUGGAGGCCUUGGGCAAUACUCACUCAUAUAGACUUGUUUGGCAGUCAAAGGUUGGUCCGCAACCAUGGUUGUCACCACAGACAGAUGCAGCCAUCAAGGGACUUGCAAAGAAGGGUAAUAAGAAUAUCCUGCUGGUACCCAUAGCUUUUACCAGUGAUCAUAUAGAAACCCUGUUUGAAUUAGAUCUGGAAUAUGGACAGACGUUGGCUGCUGAGGCUGGUGUAAAGAUGAUCAGGCGUGCAGCAGCUUUAAAUGAUCAUCCAGUUUUUAUACAGGCCCUUGCUGAUCUCGUUAAAGGCCACCUCCAGUCGAAUGUUGCAUGCUCUAAACAGUUACCAUUGCGGUGCCCAGGGUGUGUGAAUGCCACGUGUGGGCUGGCAAAAGACUUCAUGGCUCGCAAUCAGAAGUUAUUAGAUAUUUUUCAGCAAGGAGACAUUUUGUUGGAAAAGGAAAAAGCUAAAAUGUGACUUUGUUAAGAGAGUUUAUUACAAUAUAAAUUGGUACUGCAGUUGCAUGAUUAUUCAUUCACAGUAUUCUAAGAAUCCUUAGAGAUAGUAGUUGAAGGGAAUCUAAUUAAUUUCACAUUCGUUAUUUCUUAACGUAAAUAAAUCCUGCAUGGCCACAUAGAUACUAAUAAAAUGAUACAAAAAUAGGAGUCUCUGCCAGUAAAACUUUCCAUCAGUUUGUUAGUAUUAUAAAGGAAUAGAAAUCUCUAAACAUGCACUGUGUUCUUAAUCACUCCAAAUGUUAGUAUCGGUCAGUUCCGACUCGUCGCUGCUGAAGUCCUCUUCUGAAGCGCAAGCAUAGCAGAUGUGCUGCAAAGAAAAAACAUACUAUAUAAUCAACUUAUACAUAUAACAUGGGGGUAGUGGUUCUCAUUUCAUUUGCACCAAAAUUGUUAAAAUAUAAAUAAAAAGACAAUUUCUUGUUGA